AUGGGCAAGAAAAUCGUGGGCCUCUACAGCCUCAUGUGCGUGCUUUCUUUUGUCCUCAUCACCAUCUCCUGCUUCAACAAGUGGCAUCAAGUCACCUUCAAGACCUUGGGCUUCAAGACUGUGAUGCGCAUGGAGACCACCUUAACAGUGGUCACAAUUCCGGCCAGCUCCAAGCUGUUCUGCGGCAUCUUCAAGGAUAAGCAGCCCAAUCGUUGCGCGGAAAUGCAGGAUGGCACACCGCUGCAGGAGGCCGCCUCUGACUGGUGUGCGCCGAUGAUCUUCACGAUCUACCCCGGCCCUUGCAUCGCCUUCAAUCGCGCCUACAUCUUGGGCAUGGCAGUGAUUCUGACGUAUGGCUUGAACAUCAUCUUCCUGUUCUCCAGCGCCUUCCUGCUGUAUUACUACUUGGGCAGCAAAUCCCACAAGCCAACCUACCGCACCUGGGCUGCAAUCCUGCACGGCAUGGCCACCGGGCUCCUCAUAGCGGCGGUGAUUUGCUACACCAUUUUCGCCAUGACCGCCAUGGAUGCGAUUGGUGGCAGCGGCAUCCCCGGGCUCUUCGAGGCCAGCGAGUCCGUGGGCAUCAGCCCCGGCUACUUCUUGGUGUGGGUUGGCAUCCUCCUCCAGUUGGUGGCACUCGGCUUCCACGCCUGCAUGAGGCUCAGCUCGGAAGAGACGGAAGACCAGCGCCUCUACAAGGACAUGCUUAAGGAGCAGCAAUCCUACGGGGCCCUAGAAGCCCAGGCCGCCAUGAUGGAGGCCAGCUACCCUCCGGGAUACGGCGAUGCCGGCAUGCAGUAUGGCUAUGCCGGCGAUGCCGGCGCGCAGUAUGGGGAUGCUGGCGCCCAGUAUGGCUACGCAGCAGGAGCUCCGCCGAUGGGAACUCCGCUGCCAAUGGCGCCCGCGCCGGCGAUGCCAGCGCCCGCUCCGGCGAUGCCGAACAUGCCUGCGCCGGGGCAAGCGGCGUGGUAG